AUGAGCGCCAUUCUCUCCGCAGACGACUUGAACGACUUUAUUUCUCCGGGAGUUGCCUGUAUAAAACCCGUUGAGUCGCUUCCGCAGAAGCAGUCUUCAGAGAACGCCUACGAAGUUACGACAGAAGACAAAGUCCAACCCGAGAACCCACCUACCGCGCAGAUCUCCCUCACCGAUUGCCUCGCAUGCUCCGGCUGCGUCACUUCCGCUGAGGCGGUGCUCAUCUCCCUACAGUCUCACAAUGAGGUUCUCAACACCCUCGACGCGCACCCUGAGAUCCGAUUAACGAGUGGCGAGCACGGGACAGCUGUGGAUGUAGAUGCGCAAACAACAGAUGAUGGCCGGGUAUUCGUCGCGAGUGUCAGUCCCCAGGUGCGCGCAAGUCUGGCGGCUACAUACGGGAUCUCGGAGAAGGAGGCGAAUCAUAUGAUCCAACAGUUUCUUAGCGGACCCAAUGGGUUAAGAGCAGGAGGCAAGCAUGGCAGCGGCUUUAACUGGGUCGUCGACACAAAUACCCUGCGGGAAGCCGUAUUGGUUUUGACGGCAGAUGAAGUCAGCGAGUCAUUGACGGGUGUGACUGCCGACGGUUUGACGGCGCCUAAACGACCCAUUCUCUCAUCAGCAUGCCCAGGCUGGAUCUGCUAUGCUGAAAAGACACAUCCAUUUAUCCUCCCGCAUUUAUCUCGACUGAAAUCACCACAGGCUUUGGCGGGUACUCUCUUGAAGACGGCUAUCAGUAAGAAGCUUGGUGUGCCUGCUUCUCGGAUCUGGCAUCUGUCAAUCAUGCCCUGCUUUGAUAAGAAGCUCGAAGCUAGUCGAGAGGAAUUGACCGAUGCUGCUUGGAAUAGGCUCUCAUCGGGCGAGUCACACACUCCUGUUCGUGACGUUGACUGUGUCAUCACCUCUCGCGAGCUUCUCAGCCUAGCUUCAGCCCGAGGAAUUUCAUUGCCCAACCUGCCCUUGGAAUCUCUUCCCGACUCUCUUCGUCUAUCCUUCCCAGAUCCGGAACUCGACGCUUUUCUUUUCUCCAAAAUCUCUUUGUCAAGACAGACAAUUGCCGCUGGGACCUCAGGGGGCUACCUUCAUAAUGUGCUCCUCACCUUCCAAGCUCGGAACCCAGGUAGCAAAAUCGUCACUCAGCGGGGUCGAAACGCGGAUGUUGUGGAAUACACGCUGAUGUCGCCUGGAGGGGAACCAAUCCUGAAAGCAGCCCGUUACUACGGGUUCAGGAAUAUCCAAAACCUAGUCCGAAAGCUCAAGCCUGCGCGGGUUUCUAGACUUCCAGGAGCCAAAGCACCGACCGCAACAGCUGGAGGUCGGCGGCAGCCAAUGUCACGCAAUGGAGCUGCUGCCGGGUCAAGCAUGGACUACGCCUACGUGGAAGUUAUGGCAUGCCCUGGCGGCUGUACCAAUGGCGGAGGCCAGAUACGUAUCGAAGAUGCGAGACAAUUCAACGCACAACAUGAUGCUGCAGAGGUAUCUGAGGCCUCAAAGCCUUCACCGCAUGAGCAGCGCUCAUGGCUUGCGCGCGUGGACGAGGCCUACUAUUCGGCAGAAUCAGAUACGGAUGAGGUGAUGGAGGAUGUACAGGCGUCACCAGUCACGGCAAAUGAGGACAGAGUCCACAAGACUCUACAGCAUUGGUCCGCUAUGACGGACAUUCCGCUCGCAAAUCUGGCCUACACAACGUACCGCGAGGUGGAGAGUGAUGUUGGCAAGCCGACUGCACCGAACGAUACUACGCGGGUUGUGGAGUUGGCCGGGAAGAUUGGUGGUGGUUGGUAG